CAAGAUCUAAAGACAGAGCCAAGCUCUCUGAUAGGCGAUAGCCCUUUCUUUUCUUCCAUACCCCUCCUCCAUGACCUAAGUUCUCCCCUUCCUCCCCCCUCCCUUCCCCCAAAAACUGAAAUAAAGGCCGUAUCAUUCCUAUAUAUCUUAUACAUAUAGAGUAGAUAGAAAAGGCCAGAGAGAGAAGAAUAAACAAAAGGAGAGAUGUCAGGGGUCGCGCUCGUCGUGCUAUUAACCCUCCUCGGCCUCUCGACGGUCCAGGCCGAGGACCCGUAUCAUUUCUUCGAAUGGCACGUCACCUACGGCACCAUCUCCCCUCUCGGUGUUCCCCAGCAGGUCAUCCUCAUCAAUAACCAGUUCCCCGGUCCCGAAAUCAACUGCACUUCCAACAACAACAUCAUCGUCAAUGUCUUCAACAAACUCGACGAGCCCUUCCUCCUCUCGUGGAAUGGGAUUCAGCAUAGGAAGAACUCGUGGAUGGACGGGAUGCCGGGUACCAACUGCCCCAUAAUGCCGGGCAAGAACUGGACGUACCACUUCCAGCCCAAGGAUCAGAUCGGCAGCUUCUUCUACUUCCCGUCCAUCGGCAUGCAGAAGGCGUCGGGCGGCAUGGGCAUGAUACGUGUCCACAGCCGGCUCCUCAUCCCGGUCCCCUACACCGACCCGGCCGACGAGUUCAACAUCCUGGCCGGCGAGUGGUACACCAAGAGCCACAAGGUGCUGGCCCGCUUCCUCGACAGCGGCCGCGGCAUCGGCCGCCCCGCCGGCGUCCUCAUCAAUGGAAAACACGGCAAGGACGCCUCCGGCAAGGACGAGCCGCCGAUGUUCACGGUGGAGGCCGGCAAGACCUACCGCUUCCGUGUGUGCAACAUCGGCAUCAAGAACUCCCUCAACUUCCGGAUCCAGAAGCACGCGCUGAGGCUGGUCGAGAUGGAGGGCUCCCACGUGGUGCAGAACAUGUACGACUCGUUGGACCUCCACAUCGGCCAGUGCUUCUCCGUGUUCGUCACCGCCGACCAGCAGCCCGGCGACUACUACAUCCUCGCGUCCACCCGCUUCACCAAGUACAAAUGCGAUGGCAGCGCCAUCAUCCGCUACGCCGGCUCCAACACCCCGCCAUCCAAGGACCUGCCACCGGGCCCCUCCGGCUGGGCCUGGUCCUUCAAUCAGUGGCGUUCCUUCCGCUGGAACCUCACCGCCAGCGCCGCCCGCCCCAACCCCCAGGGCUCCUACCACUACGGCCAGAUCAACAUCACCCGCACCAUCAGGCUCCGGGGCGGCACCGGCCUCGUCAACGGCAAGCGCCGCUACGCCAUCAAUGGCGUCUCCCAUGACAACCCAGUCACCCCGUUCAAGCUGUCGGAGUACUUCGGCAUCGCCGACAAGGAGUUCAAGUACAACAUCAUCGGGGACGAGCCACCCACCGGCAAAAGUCCCAUCACCAUUGCACCCAACGUCGUCAACUGCACCUUCCGGACCUUCAUCGAGAUUAUCCUCGAGAACCCUGAGAGAAGCAUCCAUGCUUAUCACAUUGAUGGCUAUGCCUUCUUCCCUGUUGGAAUGGGACAUGGGGAAUGGGACCCUGAGAAAAGAAGAACCUACAACCUUCUCGAUGCAUCGAGCCGGCACACGGUCCAGGUGUACCCGAAGUCGUGGUCGGCGAUAAUGCUAACGUUCGACAAUGCCGGAAUGUGGAACCUGAGGACGUUGGUCUGGGACAAGCAAUACCUAGGGCAGCAGCUCUACUUCAGCGUGGUCUCGCCGGCAAGGUCAUUGAGGGAUGAGUAUAACAUUCCAGAGAACGCCCUGCUCUGCGGCAACGUCGUCAAACUGCCACAGCCGGCGCCUUACACCUAAACGCCGGUCCUCGCCGAUUACCGUCCAUGGCACCUGAUCCUUCCUUCCUCUGCUACCAGGGGGGUGGGAGGGGGAGGGAUUUAUGAAGUCGUAGUAGUAGUCCGAGAGAGGCAGGGAAGGAGAAUGCGAUCGAAGAGAGUUUAGAGGUACGAAUAAUUGACGUGUUCAGGGCCGCCCUCUUCUUGUUUAGUUGGCUGGUCGUGUUAGUGCUCUCAACACUCUCCAAGCUUAUAGAAGACGUUUUUAUUUUACGUAUGUAAUUGUCGAGGCUAAACCUUUCAUUUCUGUUGCCCUUCCUGCAAGAGUUUGUUUCAGUGUGUGGUUAAUGUCCUUAAAGUCUUUCAUUUUUAUUCUUUUUCUCGGAAGAUAGGUUGUCCUGUUCGUAGUAACAAAUUUAUGUCGAUCGAAUCAGCUUUGCAAGAUAUCGGUCGAUGAAUUUUUGUGUUGAUUAAUCCAUUAAUUUCAAAUAGUGCGAGUAUUGCAUUA